AGUUGACGGAUUUUUCGAACUUCAAGCUGGUACGGAAGAUUAGUCACAUGAGAUAUGAGAUGAGAAAGGGAAAGACCCAAUUUCCCCUUGAAAACCUUGAUCUGUGUAUUGUUCUCUCUCUCUUGCACACAGUCUAUGUAUAGGAAAAAGUCGCUGUGAUUCACUGAGUGCUCCCGAACUAGUACACCCGCCCCGUUCCUUUCCUCUUAUUAGCAGUUGAUAGCCGUUUCUUCGAGUUCUGCCUUCUCCAUCCUCAUUAGGUUUCUGGGUAUCCUCCAUCAUUUAUCACACAGUGAGAGAGAGAGAGAGAGAGAGAGAGAGAGAGAGAGGGAGUUAGUGAAGGAGGUUGAAGAAACAACGUGGGGGACCUACUGCUUAAGUUUUGGCGGGCAGCAACGGACACUAUCAAUGAUUUUUAUGCUGAAGGGGAAACGGCAGAUCUCAGUCAUAUGAGGAGAUCUUUAGCUCUGGUGGGUUUGCUUCUGGUGGUUGCCUUGCUCAGUGAUGCUCCAUGGGCUGCCAGGGGCAGCUCACAUUGCAAGCAUACGUACUCUGAGGAUAUUCGACCUCACAGUGUCACGAUUACUGAAUUUGGCGCGGUUGGAGAUGGGAUCACUCUCAACACAAAAGCGUUUCAGAAUGCCAUAUUCUACCUCAAUUCAUUUUCUGACAAAGGUGGGGCCAAACUUUUUGUCCCAGCAGGCCGUUGGUUGACAGGAAGCUUCGAUCUCAUCAGUCAUCUUACUCUGUGGUUAGAUAAGGACGCAGUAAUUCUUGGAUCAACAAACUCCGCUGAUUGGCCAGUCAUUGAUCCUCUACCAUCAUAUGGCCGAGGUAGGGAGUUGCCAGGUGGAAGGCAUCAAAGCCUCAUUUAUGGACGCAAUUUGACGGAUGUAAUUAUAACAGGUGAUAAUGGAACUAUCGACGGUCAAGGUGACAUCUGGUGGGAGUGGUUUGGGACUGGAAACCUGAACCAUACACGACCCCAUUUGGUUGAGUUGAUGAACUCAACCGGGGUUGUCAUCUCAAACCUAACCUUCUUGAAUUCACCAUUUUGGACCAUUCACCCUGUAUAUUGCAGCCAAGUUACUGUCCAGAAUGUCACAAUCCUUGCUCCUCUUGAUUCUCCAAAUACAGAUGGGAUAGAUCCAGACUCCUCUGAUAAUGUUUGCAUUGAAGACUGUUACAUUAGCACUGGAGAUGAUCUGAUUGCCAUCAAAAGUGGGUGGGAUGAGUAUGGCAUUGCAUAUGCUCGUCCAUGUACAAACAUCAUCAUCCGCAGGCUAAUUGGAGAGACUCGAAGAAGCGCAGGGAUUGCAAUUGGCAGUGAGAUGUCUGGAGGCGUGUCAGAGGUUCAUGCCGAAAACCUUAGAUUUUUCAAAUCAAGCACAGGUAUCUUAAUAAAGACAUCUCCUGGAAGGGGUAGUUAUGUAAGAGAUAUCUACGUAUCAAAUGUGACUUUGGCUGAUGUGGAUAUAGCUAUAAGGUUUAUCGGUUACUAUGGAGAGCACCCAGAUGAGUUUUAUGACCCAAAUGAGCUCCCUACAAUAGAGAGAAUAACUCUCAAAGAUAUCACAGGAGAGAAUAUUAAACUUGCAGGUCUCCUUGAGGGCAUAGAAGGGGACAAUUUUCUCAACAUUUGCCUUGCCAACAUUACUCUUAAUGUAACUUCAGAAUCUCCGUGGAACUGCUCUUAUAUUCAAGGGUAUUCUGACUUAGUUUCCCCAGAAACUUGUGAGCCUCUCAAGGAAAUAAUCUCUCCUGAGCGUUACUCAGAUUGUUACCAUCUAUCAGAUCACUUGCGGAGUUCAAGCAAUCAGAAGAAAGGUGCUUGGUCACUGUCUUGGUAAAGUAAGUGAAGUAUACCAUUUUCUUGUAAAACCACAUUCUGCAAAUGUCCAGUAUAAGUUGAAAAUUUGAUUCCUGCCAAACGCAAGUGCCCGCUACUGCCUUUGUGAUGAAAUAGUUGCCUGUGAUAAGAAGCUGAGUGAGUUGCUGAUCUGUGGCUGUUGGCAGUUGAGAUGGGUACUGAGAUAUGAUUGUUUCUUGUAACGUUGUGUGCAGUAACAAAUAAGUGAGUGAUUUAUCAGAUAAUUGGAAAUAGAAUGAGUUUGUCUUCCAAAGUUUU